CAGAAGUCUAAAACAAGGGUUUCUAGCACAAAGCUGACAGACACACAUACCAGCAGACUAGAAUCAGGAAGGGAAAAUCAAGUAAUUAAUUGAAAGACUUUCAUUUUGUGUCCCGACACAGUAUUCGUGAUCACAGCACCUUUUAAAAAGGGCUUUUGUGAAGGAAAAUUAUGUCCAACAACAGCACCAUGGCAACCUACUGUUCCUUCGAGGAGGUGGACCGUCUAAUGACAUCACUGGAACUUGUCAUAUACAUACCAAUCUUUUUGAUGGGCCUAGUACUUAACACACUGGCCCUGGUUGUAUUCUGUGUUCUCCUCCGCAAGUGGACUGAGUCCACAAUCUACAUGACCAACCUGGCUCUGAUGGAUCUCCUCUUGCUUCUUCUCCUCCCUUUCAAGAUGCAUGCCACCAACAACCAGUGGUCUGCUAAACAUCGCCUUCUUUGCUCCUUUUUGGAGAGCAUGUACUUUGUGGGCAUGUAUGGUAGCAUCUACACUAUUGUGUGCAUCGCCGUGGACCGCUGGGUGGCAAUCAAGCACCCAUUCAGAGCCAAGCAGCUGCGCUCACCUCAGGCUGCCCUGGGGACCUGCGUGCUAGUCUGGUUCUUGACCCUAGGAGGCAUCUCCCCCAUCUAUGGCUUUCGCCAGGCUGGGGAUGAAGACUUCAACUGCUUCCAUGGUUUCUCAGAAAAAGGCUGGACCCCGGCAGUAGUUGGUUGCUUAGAGGUGUUUGGGUUCCUGGGACCUGCACUGGUGUUGGUGGGGUGCUCAGCCCAGAGCGUGAAGACACUUAAGAAUUCUGGCCAGGAGAGCACUAAGAGACAGGCCUGUGAGAGGAUCAUUUAUAGCAGCCUGUGUGCUUUUCUACUCCCCUUCACACCCAGUCAUCUGGCAAUCUUGCUGCAGUUCCUGGUACGUCAUGGAGUGAUUAAAGACUGCAGAACCCAGACAAAGAUCAGUCUCUUCCUGCAGGUCUCUAUGAGCCUUGCCAACAUCACCUGCUGCCUAGAUGCCUUUUGUUAUUACUUUAUUGCCCACGAGGUGAGGAGCUCCAAGCAUACCUACAGAGCCAGGACCUUUAGCCAGAGAAAGACCAUCAGCUCCUCUGAUGUCUGAGUUUCAGCCUGGAGCCUUCAUUUAAAUAAUUUUUUGUAUUUAAUGUUCCAUCCAUGAGAUAAAAAAAAUUGCGGACACUUGCAAGAAGAAACAAGAAACUGUCCAAAUGUAUAUCCUAUGUGACAGAGUGAUGGAUGUAGGAUCAGCGAAGCCAGUGCCUUGCAUUGGUAGUACACAGUCACGCAUAAUGUCAAACAAGUGCAGAAAUAGAAGACAUACACAUCAGCUAGUCACGAUACAAAUAAUUGGCAGUCAUAAGCUUAACAUGCUAAUGAGAUUUUUGGCAGGAUAUGUUUUUUGUUGUUGCCAAGGGCAUUCUAAACCAUCUUUUGUUGAAGAUAGGGAUUGCAACAGUUCAUUAUUGUCAGUUAAAUUUAAUUAUCAAAAGUCUGCCUUAUCAAGAAGCCAUUGUGGCUGGAAGAAAAACAAGCAGCCUGGGCUUGCAGAAAAUCUAUUGAAAGUGGUUUAUUGAGGCAUGACAACCCGAAAUACAGUAUGCGCCAUCUUCUGGCUUGUCCAGUAUUAAUCCAGCGCAGUAGUACACUCCUGGCUUUAUAGUAGGUCUGUGCUCAUACUUUAGCAAAACAUAUUCUAUGAAACACCUAGUUUUUUGAACCAGGUUCGAGAACAAAAUGUUUUGGGGGUGAGAUCGUUUUUGAUAUUUUGACUGUAGUUAAUAGAAUAAAAUCACAGAAACAAGUCGGAACCCAAUUGUGUCGGAUAUUUAUUGAUGUUUGUUGGCAUACGGUACAAAGUUUAUCUUUUCUAAUUUGUAGAUCUGACUACAAUGAAGAGUACCUAGCUCAAGCUAGCAUAGCUAGUUUGUAUCUAGCAAGGUUGUUCCAUGGUUAAUUCCGUCCAAGGGGGAAUCAUCAGGGCUAGAGACAAUGGGCCUCAUUCACCAACUGUUCUUACGAAAAAAUUUGUUCUCAAACCCCACUUACGCAGUUUUCACGAAGAUUCUGGCAUUCACCAAUGUUUUCUUGUUUGGGAUUUGUUCUUGGGUAAGAACAGAAUAUACGCACACCCAAGAGCACUUUACGCACAAUUGAGAGCUGACAUGUUUGCGCUAAAUAAGUAG